AUGUUUAGAAAUCAGAGUGUUUUAUUGAGAGAAGUAUGUCAAAAUGAAGAAAUUAGUUAUUGUAGUGCUUCAACUUCACAAAUAUUUCCUUCUUCAAAUGGAGGACGUGGAAGAAUUCCUUCAACAUCGAGCAGUGGGGGAGGAUCACCAUCACAUGAUAUACAAAAAAUGCGUAUAUUUAGUGGAAGAGACCAACAAAAUAAAAAUUUUGAUUAAAAAAAGAGGUUUUAAAUUCUUGUAUUUA